CUCUUGACCAAAGAGUAGUAUAAUAUGGUCCACCACAAAGUGUAGCAUAAUAAUACGGGUAGUCCAUCCCCUGCUUGUCAUUCGUGUCAUCGGUUAUCGUGAUUCCUGGUCAAUUUGAGUAGUAACUAACUUGUUCCUUCUGUUAUUUGAGUCCUCAACGUAUUAACAGGAUGUAUAAAAUGAAAAGUAUUAUCCCAAUUGAACAAUCUAUUGAUUUACCAACAUGUAUGUAUUACAUGAAGAAUCCCAACCAAACACCUGCUAAAGAUGACAUACAAUUGAAUAUUCGUGACCAGGUUAUGAGAUUCCUUAAGAGUGCACCAAACAACAAAAUGUUGGAACUUGAAAAUAGACAAGAUCAGCUGCUCAAAAAAUUGGAUAAACUUUAUGAGAAAAUCCAAAUAAUAAGUUCUUCCUGCAAAUUGAACGACACAGCUCAUAAUAAAACCAAGUCAUGCACUAAAACAUCUCAGGUCAAACCUGAGGAAUUGGUUUUGGUUUUAAGUCCAGAUAAUUUACCAUGGUUUUUAGGUAAAGUUUUAAAAGAAAAUUUGGAUUUAAACUUUACUUGGCACAUUCAUUCUUCUACCCCUUCUAACAAAAUUCCAAAAAUAAAAUCAUUCUUUGAAAAGGUCAAGUUUAAGAACACCAAUGGAAAAGUCAACAUGAGGCUUAUUUUUAAAAAUGAGUCACCUAAUAUGGAAUUGAAAAUUUCAUCAUUGGGUUUACCUAUACUGGGAAGUGUCAAUGUUUUGAGAUAUCUAUGUGAGGCAUUCCCAAACACUGUUUCAUAUGAUUUUAAUGAUUAUGCAGCUGAAAGUUUGUUGGAUACUUGUUAUUUACUUGAGAAUUCUUCAGAGAAACAAAAACAAGUGCACUGUCAAAAAUUAUUUAAAAAUGGAAGUCAAUGGAUUUAUAGUAAUAAGUUUAGUAUCAUUGACCUUGCUUUAUAUAAUGAGGUGAAGCAAUGGAAAAGUGUUCCAAAAAUUGUACCACAGCAGUGGCUGGUAAAUUGUGAAAAAUGCAUAUUAUGAAGUACCUAGUACAUGUCACACUGCAAAUAUUUUCGUUUUAUAUUUAUUUCAUUAAAUAUAUAAGUCUUUUAUAAUCA